AUGACGCCGUCAGUCUAUAAAGAGGGAGCUCCGAGCCAGCUUUACCUUAUUUUGUUUCUGAAAGUGAGCGGCGCGAUGGCUGAUGAGAAGAAAGCCCAACAAACCUCCAAGAAGGGCGCGAAGAAAAUCAUUAAGAAGGCGCCAGCAAAGGGUGGCAGGAGGCGGAAAAGAUCCAGGAGAGAAAGUUACUCCAUCUACAUCUACAAAGUGAUGAAGCAGGUUCACCCCGACACCGGCAUCUCUUCCAAGGCCAUGAGCAUCAUGAACUCGUUCGUCAACGAUAUUUUCGAGCGUAUCGCGGGGGAGGCUUCCCGCCUGGCCCAUUACAACAAGCGCAGCACCAUCAGCUCCCGGGAGAUCCAGACCGCCGUGCGGCUGCUGCUGCCAGGGGAGCUGGCCAAGCACGCCGUGUCGGAGGGCACAAAGGCGGUGACCAAGUACACCAGCUCCAAGUGA